GGCAGACGGGCUUCACUUGCAUUUCGGUUUCUAUUCCCACUUGGAUCCGUCUUCUUGAUCCGACCAUCUUUUUCUCCCAAUCACCAAUUCUCUCGCCCCUCAGGCCCCCCACCCCCCACCCUUUUGGGCACACCCUCCACUCGGUGGGCGGAUGGGUGGGCAGAUGAGCCCCGGCUGGCGAACUCUGCUGUCGUCUUCGCGCCAAGCCCCACGGCCAGCUUCAGUCGCAGCGCCAGACUCACCAUCGGCCCUGACCGUUCGGUGGGUCCUCCUUCUGUCUCGUCUGCCUUUCAAUUAUGCACACUCAAUUGGCCAAUUAUGCCCAUUCAGUCACCUGUCUCCGUCCUACCUGUUCGGCCGGUUGGGUUAAUUAAAUACAUCAUCUCGCCUGGGCAGGGGGCGGACUCGGGGUCGGCUGUGCUGGCUCUUGUGGCAAGUCCAGCUGCCCAACGACGUGCGAAAGUGGGACUAACGGACAAACAGACAAUUGCACACACACACACACACACACACCCGGUUGCAGGAGAAGCGACGAGCAGGCCUCGAGUCCUGUCAUAA